UUCCAACUCCGGCCAGGUAGAAUGACUCCUGCAAAGCAGAGUGGGGAGAAGAAAGCCCAUUCUGCCAUCAAUGAGGUAGUGAUCAGAGAAUACACCAUCAAUAUUCACAAGUGCAUCAAUGGAGAGGGUUCCAAGAAGCAUACCCUUUGGACACUCAAAGAGAUCCGGAGAUUUGUUUUGAAGGAAAUGGGAACACUAAAUGUGUGCAUCAACACCAGGCUCAACAAAGCUGUCUGGCUGUCUGGGGCCAAAGGAAUAAGGAGUGUUCCAUACUGUAUCUGUGUGUGGUUGUUCAGAAAAUGUAACAAGGAUGGAUAUUCACCAAAUAAACUCUAUACAUUGGUUAUCUAUGUACCUGUCACCACUCUCAAAAAUCUACAGACUGUUAAUGUGGAUGAGAACUAA